GACGUUUUCGCGGUGAUUGACCAAUCGCUGAACAGCGAAGCGAGUUUGAGGCGAUCGCGCAAGAAAUUUAAACAAGAAUGGUGAACAGUGUAUGACGAGAUAAUUCCACACUACACAAGCUCUAACAAUGGAAGCAAAGGAGAUGACCAGUGAUAGAGAGCGAAAACCUUUGGCAACAAAGAAUGGAUUAAGCAGACUUCCUAUGCCAGGGAGUCGUCUAAAGCCCCCUCAAACUAUCAAAAGAGCACGUAGCCCCAGCGAUGAAGAGCUUCCAGUUAAAAAGUCUAAACUGGAGCCAGCGGAGGUUUCCAACACAGAAAACCUCUCUGCCAACAAUGUCUUCUCAGCAAGAUCCUCUUCAUCUAGCGUAUCAGAUGUACAACCAGUCAAGCUAAAACCAGGCCAUCCUGUUCCUGUUAGACCAUCUGCUCGAGUCAAUGUCAGCCUUGCAAGCACAAGAUCCGCUCUGCCCAGCAAGAAGACUGUGGGGUCUUUUGCUUCAAGACAUCCCACUUCUUCCUCAGCAAAACCAGUGGGUUCAAAAGCACCUGCCAAGACAUCUCACAAAGGUCCCAUCAAUGGUGGAUUAGGUGCUAAUGCUGGGAAAACUGGCUCCAACUCUUCAUCAGGGGUGGGAAAGAAGCGGCCAGCAUGGGACUUAAAGGGUCGACUGCAAGACAUGGAAUCUGUGCUGAGCCAACGAGAAGCCAGUGCAAGCAGUCUGCAAUCUCAGCUGGAGUCAUAUAACCAGCGUAUUGCUCAUCUUGAGCAGCAGAAGGAACAGUUGUCUGGAGAUGUUGCUCGCCGUGAUGAGCUGUCACAGGUAGUUAGCCGGGAGAAUGCAGAGCUACAAAGACAACUAAGGGACUGCCAGGAGGAGAUGGCUACAGCAUGCAGGAAACUUCAGCGGGAAAUUGAGGAUUUGACAUUCAGUAAAUCAUGUCUUGAGCGACAGUAUGCUACCCUUGAGGGAGAACUCAAUGUGGCUAGGACAGAAGUAUCAAGACUCAAGUUAUCUAUAGCACAGCUUACCUCUUCACAAGCGUUGGUCAAUGCGGAGUUGGAAACUACCAAGCUAUCCCUUGACCAAGCAUUCAGAGACAUUCAUGCCCGUGAUGAGGAGAUCCGACAGCUAAGGUUGGAACUAGCUGGACGUGAUGCCACCAUUGAUGAGAACAACCAAAAAAUUAGGGAGCAUGAGACCAUGAGACGCAAACUACACAACACCAUUCAGGAACUUAAGGGCAAUAUUCGAGUGUUUUGCCGAGUCCGCCCACUUCUUGGUGAAGAGAGUCUUUGUACAGACGGUGUCAUUCAUCACAUGAGCUUUCCUGAUCCUGAAGGUCGUGUGCUGGAGUUGGAUAGGAUGGCAGAGAUGUCAAUGAAUGAGAGCACGUUGUUAGCAAGUCGCCGUGGAAACAAUAAAUAUGAAUUCUGCUUUGACCGAGUCUUUCAACCUGAAUCGUCACAGGCAGAAGUGUUUGAAGAAAUAUCUCAACUAGUCCAGAGUGCCCUGGAUGGUUAUAAUGUGUGCAUUUUUGCCUAUGGUCAAACGGGGUCAGGCAAAACAUAUACCAUGGAGGGAGGGAGGGAUGAUGCUACCGUGGGAAUGAUUCCUCGUGCUGUCAGUCAGAUUUUCAAAUCAGCGGCUGAACUUGAAGACAGAGGUUGGAAGUACAAGUUUCAGGCAUCAUUUGUGGAAAUCUACAAUGAGACCCUCCGAGACCUUCUCGGCAACCAUAAAGAAGAUACAAAGCUUGAAAUUAAACUAACUGGCAAGGAUAAUGCUGUCACAGUCACAAACCUAACUACAGUCACAGUCAGCUCUGAAGACCAGAUUCACAGACUUCUACAUAAAGCCAGUCUCCAACGAUCAGUAGCAGAGACAAAAUGCAACGAGAGAUCAUCACGCAGUCAUUCUGUCUUCCAGCUAAAUCUGGCAGGCAGCAACUCCAUCACCAUGGAGUCCUGUCAGGGCACCUUGAACCUAGUUGACCUUGCCGGAAGUGAGCGUCUGAAAGACUCUGGUUCCGAGGGCCAGCGAUUGAAAGAGACACAAGCCAUUAAUAAAAGUUUAAGCUGUCUGGGAAAUGUUAUCAUGGCACUAGGCAACAAGGACAGCUAUAUCCCUUAUAGGAACAGCAAACUGACCUAUUUGCUGCAGAACUCCCUGGGAGGCAACAGCAAGACUCUCAUGUUUGUGAACAUUUCACCAAAAGAAGAAAAUUUUUCUGAAACUCUCAACUCCCUCCGGUUUGCAACAAAGGUGAACCAGUGCAACAUAGGUACAGCACAAAAGAGGAGCAAAUGAUGCCAAACACAACCAUCGCAGGCCAAGGAAAAAAAGACUAUUGUUUAUAAUGUUCAUAAUAAUUUUAGACACGAAUGAAGGUACAAAAAGAAGAAAAAUGUAUAUAUUUUUACAUAUUUUACAUUCAAUAUAAAAUUUUCUUGUAGUCAUUGACUCUGAACUCCUUCAGCAUACAUUUGUAGUUUCAGGUUUCUGAUGCCAUCCAUACAGCAGCCAGUGGUAAAGGGCACAGACUGUAUCUUGCUUUGUGGCUAAGAAAUAGAACAAACUGUAUUCUGUAGUACAAGUUUUGGGACAAAUUAAAGUAAUAAUGAGAUGGCA